GACCCCUACUAUGGCUGGUGGCCUAUUUUCUAUUGACAGAAACUACUUUGAAGAGAUAGGAACUUACGAUGCAGGAAUGGAUAUCUGGGGUGGAGAGAAUCUUGAAAUGUCUUUUAGGAUUUGGCAGUGUGGAGGUUCGCUGGAGAUUGUGACUUGUUCCCACGUUGGUCACGUCUUUCGGAAGGCAACUCCAUACACAUUCCCUGGUGGUACCGGUCAUGUCAUUAACAAGAACAACAGGAGACUGGCAGAAGUGUGGAUGGAUGAAUUUAAAGAUUUCUUCUAUAUCAUAUCCCCAGGUGUUGUCAAAGUGGAUUAUGGAGAUGUGUCAGUCAGAAAAACACUAAGAGAAAAUCUGAAGUGUAAGCCUUUUUCUUGGUACCUAGAAAACAUCUAUCCAGACUCCCAGAUCCCAAGACGUUAUUACUCACUUGGUGAGAUAAGAAAUGUUGAAACCAAUCAAUGUUUAGACAACAUGGGCCGCAAGGAAAAUGAAAAAGUGGGUAUAUUCAACUGUCAUGGUAUGGGAGGAAAUCAGGUGUUUUCUUAUACUGCUGACAAAGAAAUCCGAACCGAUGACUUGUGCUUGGAUGUUUCUAGACUCAAUGGACCCGUAAUCAUGUUAAAAUGCCACCACAUGAGAGGAAAUCAGUUAUGGGAAUAUGAUGCUGAGAGACUCACCUUGAGGCACGUUAACAGUAACCAAUGUCUUGAUGAACCUUCUGAAGAAGACAAAAUGGUGCCUACCAUGCAGGACUGUAGUGGAAGCAGAUCCCAACAAUGGCUACUAAGGAACAUGACCUUGGGGGCAUGAAGACUAUUUCCCCGAAGCCAUGAAAGUGUCUACACCCUUUUUUUUCCAUUAUUUCAGUGAGGGGGAAAAUAUUAACUUCGUUGAAAUUGAAAGUUUUAAAAAUCCUUUUAGUAUUCUAAAACACAGUUGUUUAUAAUUAAUUUUUAGGAAUGUUUGCUUAUUUCCCUACUAAAAUUUGUAUCGGAUCAAUGAAGCACAUAAACAAUAUAAAUAAUAUCAAACUGUUAUUAAACAUCAGAACAACUUGAAAAACAAACUGUGUUUGCUUUAAAAAAAAUCGUUAUUGUGCUCACAUGUCAGAGUUCACUGGGGCGGGAGUAUUUUAUUAGAAGUCGUCGUAGUAAUUAGA